AUGUUCCUCCAGCCACGGCAAACGCAGACGGAAUUCCAUGGGUAUUCGGUCGAGUUUAGUCCAUUUGUGGAGAAUUUACUAGCACUUGGAACUGCACAAUACUUUGGUAUUGUUGGCAAUGGACGGCAAAAGGUGUAUGAAAUGUCGCCAGAAGGGGGUUUAACAUUGAUUCGAGCGUUUGAUACAUUGCAAGGCGUAUACGACUGUGCAUGGAGUGAACAUCAUAGUCAACAGCUCGUGAGUUCCUGUGCUGAUGGAUCGAUAAAGCUCUGGCAUUUGCAGACAAGAGAUGUCUUUCCGAUUCAAAAUUAUCAUGAGCAUAAGCAGGAAGUAUCAGGCGUGAAUUGGAAUCUCGUUGCAAAAGAUUCCUUUGCAUCAGCAUCAUGGGAUGGCAGUGUCAAGAUUUGGAAACCCGACAUACCUUAUGCAGUAUUAACACUUGUUGAACACACUAGUGCUGUCUAUAAUGCAGUGUGGAAUCCACAAAAUAAUUUGCUUGUUGCUUCGUGUUCGGGAGAUGGUACAGUAAAAAUCUGGGAUCUAAAUACUACACAUGCUGUCACUACCAUUGCUGCACAUGGUAAUGAAGUACUUGCUCUGGAUUGGAACAAGUACAAUCAGUUUGAAGUAGUGUCUGGAUCAAGUGACUGUUCUAUCAAAGUUUGGGACAUUCGACAUUCGGCACGUGAAAUACGAAUGCUUCCAGGACACAGUUAUGCUGUCAAGAAAAUCAAAUGCUCACCUCAUGAUUCAAACGUGAUUGCGUCGGUAUCGUACGACAUGUCGGUUAGAAUUUGGAACACAAAGUCACCGUAUCCAAGACUUCAGGAUGCGCAACAUCAUAGUGAAUUUGUGUUUGGCAUUGACUUUAGUCUUUUUGUCGAUGGUCUUGUGGCUUCAUGUUCAUGGGAUCGACAAGUGGCUGUGUGGAACUACUUUGGUGGACCACCUUCGUCGCUGCUGCGUAAAGUUCGGAAUUAG